GUAUUUACACUAAUUAAAAAAAAAAAAAAAACCUCAUAAUUAAGAAAAUGGAUUAAAACAAAGAAUAAUUGCAAAAUUCCCACCCACCAUCCAUAAUCAACAUGGCAAACAAAGGACACCCAUGACCCACCACGCCCGUGACUGCACAAAAACACAAUUCAGAUAUUUGUUUAACAUUAAUAUUAAAUUUGACCUUUCAAAAAUUAAAAAUUUACUCCUAUCUUCUAAAUUAUAAUCUCUAUAUUAUAUUUAUCUCACUCUAGUAAAAUCUUAUCCUUUCUUUUAAAUUUAUUAUUAAAUUUUUUUCCCCAACAAAUUAAAAAAAACAGAUAAAAUAUUAUUUAUAAAUAAAAAAGGAAAUCAAACGCAGCCUUUUAAGGCAAGUUGCAAGAAAAAUAGAUAAGUUUAUGAGCAGGUAGUCCAUAAUACACAAUUUGAAGUCAGGAAAAAGACUUGCUAAAAACCUAAUCAAACUCUUCCUUUUUGUGGACAUGCCAUCCAUUAAUAUCCCACAAUUUAUAUCUAUCCUUAUUCCUACUUCACCCAUGUCGGUGAUAUCUUAUUAUUAUUAUUCAAAUUAUCUAGAUAUUAUAUCUCGCUCAUAAAAUUUAUAGUUAAAAUCUAGUCGCUUAUAAAAUUUAAUUAGAAUCUAUUGAGGAAAUUUUGUAAAAUGCUGGACCACAUAGAAAGUCAUAGAGAGAUUACGAUCAAUGAGACCGUCUACUUAAAAUAACCGGAUGAAAAACACAUAAAAGAAAACAUAACGAGUCGCAAGAUACUCUCGUGAUGAGAUUGACCUGUAUUUUUCAUUUUAGUUUAUUCUAUUAAUUUUAUAUAUUUUUGAGAAUAGUUUCAUCGUAAAUUCUUGUGUAAGACAAUUUCACUAUGAGACAGUUCAUAUAUGGACUGAAUAACCUAAUGAGCUUCUUUUUUUAAGCUUAUUUCACCGAAAAAUAGUCUUUCAGAAGAAUAAUUCUAAUUUUAUUUUUAUUUUUUAAUUUUAUCAACAUAUUUAUUAUCCUUCAUCUUAAAUUUUUGAUCAAUUAAUUUUAUCAUUCACUUAUAUAUUUUUUUAUGUCUUAUACCCAAACUAAUUAAUUUUAAAUAUUUCUCUCUCCUUAGAAAAACAAUAACCACCUCUUAGCUUUUAGGUAUAUAAUAUAAAAAAACUAAACCUAAAUUUAUUUUCUCCUCCAGUCCCAAUUCACAAACAAACCCCAUAAACCAUACUCUAAUCCUUCUUUUUUCUCUCUCUUUCCCAGAAAUCCCAAUUCCCCUAAUUCAAUUUCCACAAGACAAAAAAACAAUAGCAAAUUCCAUCAAGGAAUCUGAGCAUGGAAAGAGGAUCAACGAAGAAGAGAGAUAGAGCAGAGAAGCCGUACAAAGGGAUUAGGAUGAGAAAAUGGGGAAAAUGGGUUGCGGAGAUUCGAGAGCCGAAUAAACGCUCUAGGAUUUGGUUAGGUUCUUAUUCAACCCCUGUUGCUGCUGCUCGGGCGUAUGAUACGGCCGUCUACUAUCUUCGUGGUCCGUCCGCUCGCCUUAAUUUUCCGGAUUUACUCAUCGGUGACUGUCGAUUAAGUGAUCUUUCUGCUGCUUCUAUUCGGAAGAAGGCCAUUGAAGUUGGUGCUAGGGUUGAUGCGCUUCAAACUACUUUUCAGCCGCCGCCGACCACUAAUACAAAUACUAAUACUACUAAUGGUAAGGUAUCCGAACCUAAAUUCGAACCCGAAGAUGCUGGAAACAAUACUGGAUUUGUUGAUGAAAAACCUGAUUUGAAUAAAGUACCUGAAGAUUCAGAUGAAUGGGAAGAUUGAUGGUAAGAGAUAGAAUCAACAGUUUUCUUUCUCUCUUUUUUUUUUUUUCCAUUUUUUUAGUUUUUUAGGAUAAAGUAGGCCGAGAAAAACGCCAUUUGAGGGCUACGAUUAUACAUGCUUCGAUUAAGACGAGAUAAAACUCGGGAGGAUGGGAUGUCGAUGGCUGCCAAUUGAGGAGAAAGAAAGUAUUUGGGAAAUUCCACUUCUAUGAUUGUGCAAGUUUUCGUGUGGGUCAGUUUACAAAUCCACUCUUUUAUUUUUAUUUUUUUUAGUUUAUCCCUAUUAUUUUCUCUUUUGUUGGAAAUUGGCAAAGGAAAAUUUGGGAUGUAAGUGUAAAAUAUUGUAAAUACACUUGUGUGUUUUUAGUUCAAUUUUAAUUAGCUACGAAUUCUAUUUAUCUAUUUUUGUAGAGGGACUCAAUAUUUUAGAAUUGUAUAUUAUGAAAUUACCUUAAAUGAGUAUUUGUGUUUAUCAA